AUUAUAUGACGCAGAGGUUGUAUUAGAGAGAAGUGGUAAUGAUCCAACAGUAUACGUACUUCAUUCUACGAGAACUGUAAUCCCACUUAGUCUUCAACUGCGAUACCAACGUUGAGGAGUGGUCUAGUUGACAGUACGUUUUAUCAUUGCAAAUAAAGAAGUUAAAAUGCCAAUCGACCUUUAUCACACACCAGGAAGUUCACCAUCCCGUGCUGUUCGCUUGGUUGCGGCAGCUUUGGGUGUAAAUCUUAAUCUUAAACUACUAAAUCUUGCGGGUGGUGAGCACCUUAAACCAGAAUUCAUCAAAAUAAAUCCACAGCAUUGUGUGCCAACUCUGGUCGAUGGUGACUUGACAUUAUGGGAAAGCCGAGCUAUUUCAUGUUAUCUAGCGAAUCAGUAUGGAAAAAAUGAUUCUCUUUAUCCUAAAGAUCCAAAAGCUCGAGCUUUAGUCGACCAAAGACUUUAUUUUGAUAUGGGUACAGUCUAUCAAUCUUUCGGUGACUAUUAUUACCCAAUGUUAUUUGCCGGUGCUCCACACGAUCCAACCAAGUAUGAAAAAAUUGGUAAUUGCUUGGAUUUACUUAAUAAAUUUCUCGAAGGACAAAACUACGUUGCUGGAAACAACAUGACUAUCGCUGAUUUAUCACUUGUUACCAGUGUUACCAAUAUUCAGCUUAUCAAAUUCGAUAUAAGCAAGUAUGCUAAUGUUACUAAAUGGCUAGAAAGAAUCAAGUCUGAAGCACCCAAAUACGAAGAAAUCAACGGUGAAGGUCUUAAAGCAUUCCAAGGCUUAAUUGAUGUUCUGACGAAGAAAUAAAGAAAAAAAAAGAUACUUUGAUCGUCGGUUCUGCUAUCAAUGGCACAGUAUUUAAUAAAAUAAUAUGAUUUACGCUUGAAAGUUAAAAUAAAAAAUUUUUUAAAAGAA